CUAGCUCUAAAACUGUUUUCAACAGCUGUUAAUUUGUUUACCUCGCUAAAGUUUAGAAAAGCGUGUCUUUGUUAUUUCUCAAGGAAAUAAUUAAAAUAUUAAAUAAGUAUCAAGUUGUAAUGUCCGAGAAAGAACUUAAUAUAUUUUUAGAAUUCAGUGCUGGCGCUGAAUUGCUAUUUGGAAACAUUAAACGGCGUGAAGUUAAGUUGGAAGGUGGCGAAAAAUGGACUAUACGUAAACUGCUUAAGUGGAUGCACGCCAACAUUUUGACAGAGCGACCAGAAUUGUUCAUACAAGAUGAGUCAGUACGACCCGGCAUUUUAGUGCUUGUGAACGACACGGAUUGGGAGUUACUUGGUGAAUUGGAGUAUGAAAUACAACCGAAUGACAACAUACUAUUUAUUUCCACGCUGCAUGGCGGAUAGCUGCAUAUCCUUUGCAUUUAUUUACACAUUUAUAAAUUAAAUUUAUUUUUAUAACAAAUUAAACGAAACUCAUCUUUUAACCCUUGAA